CUGUCCUUCUCUGUAAUGUAUAUCUGUGCUCAUGUCAGUCUGGAAUGUCUCCAAAUGUCUUUUAACAGAGUGAAGUUGAUGUGAAGGUGAUUCGUCUAGACAGAUGGGUGAAGCACAUAAUGCGGUUAACACUGAGUUAGCCAUAAAGAUGCACAUGCACCAUGUGUCAUCUCAGCUGGUAAUCUGUCAAAAGAUAACCCUGCCUCCCAAAUCACUACCCCCAAAGUCCUGUCCGAGACCCCCUGUAGCUGUGCUAGAAGAUCUAGUAAUCUGAAACACUCGGGUGUGGCCAGAGUCGAGGAAGUGUUUAAGGGCAAAUGUACUGUGGUGAAAAGGGCUCAGGGCCAGAGGGGUAAUUACGCUAACCUAAACAAGUCUCGUGCCGCAACAUGCCUGCAAAAUGAAUGUGCACGUUUCAAAAAUCUUUUUAGACUGAGUUUAACGCCAAAUCAGCCUGACUGUGCCCAUUUUUGGAUCUGAUACCAAAACAACCUCAUUUUCUUUCUCAAUUCUCUUGCAGUUUUAAAGGCGUAAUAUCAAGUGCAAAUGCACUUUCUCUGCAAUGUCCCUCUAGCCCCUUCUCUAUUAAAAGCUUUUAAGCUCAUAAACGCCGGGACUAAGUGGUCUGGAGAGAGACCGGUUGCCUAGGCAACAGCACACUCUGCCUCUUUCAGUCCCCAGAGGAGUCGUAUUUCACAUGCAGAUUUUCUGCCUGCCCGACCCACUUUGUUGGCUUUCAGCUAAAAGCUUUUUGCUGCAGACUGACAGAGACAAAAGAGUAGAGGAGAAGGGGAAGGGUUUGGCUAGAAGAGGAGGGCCUUAGUGGGCUGUUGCCAGGGUAACUUGACAUCAUGCUGACGAACUUCCCCCUUUAAAAGCUUUUAAAGCGAUUGCUCCAGCCCUCCAGGUUCCAUUUUGAGGCCUCUUAACUAAGCAUGGGGGGAAGGGCAGCAGAGGCCUGUCUCUCGCACACACAAGCACAUGCUUGAGAAAGCAAAGUAAGGCCAGGAAAACAGACUGCACUGAGAAAGAACCGAGCUUAAAUCAUAAACCCGAGCGAAAGGUACAUAAUCUGUUCUUAAAAUGGCCUCUGAAGACCUCUGCUUUAGUUACACAGUGCCGGGCUCGAACGAGAAGCACAGGAGGGCUCGUAACUGGACGGAUUCUGAGAUGAAAGCUCUUGUGUACAUUUGGGAAGAGUAUGUGACAGAGCUAAAGAAGGCUAAGCGCAAUGCUAAGAUCUACGAGACAAUGGCUAAGCAACUUUAUGAAUUAACUGGGGAGCAGCGACACAGGGAAGAGAUUAAGAUGAAGAUUACCAACAUGACUUUCCAAUUCAGGCGACUGAAGUACACAGCAAAUGAAAGCAAUGCUACACCUGACUGGCCGUACUACAAAUCUAUUGAGAGGAUCUUGUCAAAGGUACCAGACCAUGCCCAUAUGAGCCCACCGAACCUCUCGACAUCUGGCCCCUCCACUUCUCAGCUCGAGACUUCUGUGCCCCAGUUAGCUCCACCAAGUGGGUUUCUACCCGAGUACACUGGUUCCUCAGAGGAGAGAGAAAUCAACGAUGACGAGGAAGGCCUGACUGAGAACUCAGAGAGUUCUUUUGAGACCAGGUCACAGCCACAUAAGAGGCGGAGGCUUUCACACGUGUCACUGCGCCGAAAGAAGCUGCGUGUCCUGGAUGCAAUGCUGCAGGAGCAGCGCAGGAUAAGCCGCGCCGUCGAGGAGGCAUGUCAUGAAGUUCGUCGCGUUAUGCAUCAGCAGAACUUCCUGCAGGUGCAGAGCCUCCAGCUUCAGGAACGAAUGAUGAACCUCCUGGAGAAGAUGAUUCCUGCUCCGUCUGCCCCUUCUCGGCCAAACCCACCAAUCUCAAAGGGUUUAGGAACACCUACAACUGAGUGACAGUGACCUCGGGAUACGGACCUUUGUCUUUGCUAAGGAAGCGUUGCUAUAUGCUAUCUAAGUAUAUAACCAACUAGUUAGCUGUACAUUUUUAGACCUGUUUAGGCACUAUUCAGUCUUCUACAAUAAAUAUGUAAGAAACUUCUGAAGAAAUCACUAUUUAUCCACAUCUGAUUCAAAUCUGAAGCAAAUUGUAGUUCUUAAAAGUGAAAUGGUGAUUGUUAUGUGAAACAAAAUGUGUUGUUUAUGAAAUCUGAUUCAUUUGAUUUCUAAUUGCUGUGUUAGUUGCUAAUUCCUGGCUGAUAAUUUAGACGACGUAUUGUCAAUCAUGGUUGACUGCAUGGCAUCUAAAA